AUCCGUUUCUCAUCCGUGAUCAUAUUGCGCAGAUGCGUAAUUGAUCGUCCACCCCUACCAGUACAGUAUCCCACGUCUGGAUACAAACUUCUCUGAUUUUUUUAUUUUUAUUCCUGGACACCGAAAGUAACCCGAAAACAGGUUACGAAUGGACGUAAUGGACUCAUUCUCGGAGGUCGAGAUGCCCAAUGAUAUAUCAUCGGAGGACCAUCUUUUGAAGGUCAUCGAAUCGUCGGCUGAGGAAGUGGAUAUCUUUUUGGAGAACUGCUCCUCGCUCUACAAUUUAAUCCUCGACUCGUUGCACAACCUCACCUCAAAAACGAUAUCAUGUGAAUGUCUCGACGAAAUGACAUCUACACUUGAAAAAUCGGCAAAGAAAAUUCUCGCCGAACGGCCCGAGGCCGAGAAUUCGGUCCUUCUCCGCCUUAACACAAUAUGCUGCGCAAUGGAUCAACUACGUGUCCAGCACAAUUCACGAAUGAUGAGCGGUGCCGAUUCGGACACAGCAAGCUCAGCACGUAGUUCCACGUCAUCAUCGACAGGCGAAAUGCGUUUGUGGUUACACGAGGUCGAGAGAAGACUCGAAAUAAAUGAGAAACGGAUUCGAGUGGAGCCAAACUUGCAGCUGUUGCUCUCUGAUCAACAGGCUCUACAACUUGAAAUACAACACGAAGGUCAACUAUUGGUUAAUCGACUCAACAAACAAAUUAAAGACGAUCACGACAGCGACUCGUCAGAAGAAGAGAAACGGAAAACUUGUGUCGAUGCGAUCAGAAAACGGUGGCAUACUAUCUACUUGAAUAGUUUGUCUCUAGUCUGCAGAAUUGAAGAGCUUAUUAACCAUCAGCAAGCAUCAGAAGACUCGGAAAGUGAUCCGGACCUCGUCGGACCACCGAUCAAACGGGCUCGCAUUCGAACUGUUGGUCACCUGACGGCUUCUGAUACGGAAGAGUCUGAAGCUGACGAGGAAGACAGACAUAGUCAGACUGAAACUGUGGUCACUGAAGACGAUAACGUUCUUCCAUUUGCGGAGAACGAGUACGAAAGUAUUAUGGAUGGAAGAGUAACUGUCGAUUCGUGUACCUCUUCGUCCGAAGACCAGAUGGUUGAGCAGUCGACGAACAAAAAAUGGGAGAGUGUUCUACAAGACGUCGGCUAUUCAAGCGGAGAGAAUUCAAUUCAUGAAGCUUUGAACACAUGUGCUGAUCAUUUAGUUCCUGAAACCAGUGACAUGCGACGAAAACGCAUCGAAUGCUCCCCGGUCAAAGCCUUUUAUCGGACUGUUCAGUUGGAAGACAUGUCGGAUCUAGAAGUGACUAAAGCCAUCAAUCACGAUGUAGAAGAAGAACCAAACUUGUCUGAUUCGAUGUAUGUCAACCAUGAUUCCACGUUCUUGGCCACUCAAAACCUUCCAGAAUAUGACGAAGUAAUGGCUUUAAUGGAUGAUGAUGAUCUACCAAUGGACAUGUCAAUGACAGAAUCAUUCAAUACAAAAUGGCGGGAAAUUCAUGGACAGAAGAAGCCAUUGCGACGUGCAUCUCGACCAAGUCGUGAACAAAUGAAUUUGAUUGCCAAGAGCUCGUGCGACGCAUCCUCUGAAGACUCGUCCGAAGGAGAGAAUCAAACGAAUUUGGAAGAUGAUCCGGAGAUGAUGAGUGUAUCAUUCAACUCUGCCCAAUUCGACACAUCCUCCCCAUUGAAGCGCCAACGAUCGGCUCGCGGACUCAAGAAUGCUUCCUUCCUUUACGACAGUCUCGAAAUGGACGGAUCAUUCUGCUCGACACGUUCCGAGAUGCUUCCACCGUGCAAAACGAGAUCCCUUGCACGCCGCAAGCUUCGAGUUCGCAGAAUGCCACGUAGCAUGAGUGACGGAGAGCAAUUGGGCGUUGUGAGCAGUAAACCAGAAGGAAUGAUGACUCCAAUGAUCCGUGUUUCCCCACCUUCUACACCAGUCCGCCGACUUCUCAGGAAGCUCGACGAGCAGAUUAGAAACCGGGAUAGUGACACGGCGCCAGAACAUAGUGAUGCUGCACAAGCCUAUGAAUGGGAUGAGUAUAAUCCACCACAAAAGGACGACUCAAUUUCCGACCGCCACAUUCAGACAAUGACUGAUAUCUCCGAUCAAUUGAUGAAUAUUGAUGAUGAUUUCGCAGAGCAUUUUGGAACUUCCAGUGCAAUUCGACUGAUCGAAGAAUCGAAAUCACAUUUGAGAGUUGUCCUAAAGGCUCUUGAGGAGAGUGACUCGAAUAUUCCACAGCUCUCAAAUUUUGAGCUGAUAGCCCGCUCAAACCUCCGCCAGGUCGAUGAGGCUUUAAAAAUUCAAUCUGGAAACCAACCAUCAUUUUUGGAAACCAGCACUCUCCAGGAUCUCCGAUCAGAAUGGGCUAAUUUAUAUGAAUCGAUUCGCAGCCCGUUUGCUCGAAUUAUGCAUCAAGUCAAAAAGUUUGCAGCGACAUUGCAAGAAGUUUCAUCGAUGGCUUCUCUUGGUGACGUUGAUAUUCGUUCAAAAGAGGACGUGGCAAAGACAUUGGACGCUGUGACAGCUAUUGAACGACGUCUGAGCAGUGAAAGGCAAGAAUUGAGAGACCUCUUAGCUUCAUCAAGCUUCCGAGACGUCGCCAAAGAUCUUUCCUGUGAAUUUGAAUCCGUCUCUGAAGGAUACGACGACGCUGUCGACAAAAUUGGAAAAAUGGCUCACUCAUUAUCACAAGUGAAAGGAGAAUGGGAUGCUUGGAAUAGCAGACAAAAUGAUAUCAGAAAUGCAAUGGUUCGUAUUGAAUCCCAUCUGAAAGAGGGUCAAAUGGACAAUAAAAUGAUUGCGGAUGAGAUGGAGUUGUGUCAGGAAAGAAUGAACAGUCUAGAAACUAUGUGCAACUACUUGACAGCCUCGUUGGGAUCAAUUCAAAAUGAAUCCAACUCAAAGAAUCUGCCAGAUUUUAAGGCGGAACUCUCGAUUUACAGCAAUGCGUUGGCCAGGCUGAAGGAUAGAUUCAACGACAUGAUCCGAGUGCCAACUCCCCCAACAGUCCAAUUCCACCCUCCGGAGCCACUUCCAUCUUUGGCUCGAAGCAUGACAACUCAAACAGCUGAAAUGGAAUCGGAAACUGAAAAUGAGCCACUCACAAUUGCGGAGGCAAUCUCUUCAUCUCGUCUCAUCAAAUUCACAUUUGCCCUUUCUCUUCUGGCAGCGCUCGCAGCGAUUUUCUAUUAUCACGUGUUCGGAAAACCAUUUGGUCCGCAUGUAACCUAUGUGAAUGGACCACCACCGGUUUAACUGAAUCAUCAGUAUUCUGAUUGAAAUCCCUUUUUGUUUCUAUUUUUAUGUUGUAAUCUCUGACCCGGGUAGGUACAAAAUUAAACCAGUAGAUUCGAUUGAUUGUUUUUAUAUUUUAAAUUUCUGAAAUUAAACAUUUAAUUUCAAAAAAGAAAAAAAUUGUUUUUUAAAAAUAGAAAUGUAGGACUAGAUACUCAAUAUUAAUCACUUACCCUACAGUUUCUUUCGAAUAUCCGAAAAUCUUCCAAACUUUCCCCCCAAAAAAAUCUCCGUGUUCAGGUAUUUGUUUCAUUCUCUCUCUUUUUUGUUUCUCCACUCAUAUUGAGAAUAUUUUAUAUCUCCACUUAAAUCGGUGACUUUCCUGUAUAUAUGAUGAUUUAUUUGACAAAAAAUGUUAUCUGAAUAUUCUCAUCUGAAAAGAGAAUCCACUUUUGAUGUCAGUUAUUUUAUUUACGAACUACCUUUUGGUUUUAUCCUAUUUUGUUUUGAAAUUUGAUUUAUGUGCAUUCGUUAAUAAAAAUUAAUAUAUGCC